AUGUGGGACAAGUUGAAGUAAGGCUUUUUGCAAUCUCAGUGUGUCCGUUUUGUCGUUGUUUGAAGGGGUUUGACGAAUUCUCCGUAGCGUGCGGACAUUCCAAUACUUUUUUCUCGCCUUAUGUUCCUUAAAUUCCAGCACCAAUCCCAUCACGCAGAAUGUGAAGGUCUUUCAAUUUAAUUACCGAGUCAGUUACCCCGAAGAGGCUGUUAUCUUCUACGAAAACACGUUCCUCCCCAGGGCCAAGCAAGACGAAUUGCCAAUUAUAUUCCACACCUUCAGCAACAAUGGUGCCGCCGCUCUUAUGACGCUGUGGGGAUCAAUGGAGAAGUCGAAUCCGGAGAUAAAAAAGAGAAUUAAAGGAAUUUUAUUCGACAGGUGAGUAGUGAGUGUUUUGGAUAAAAAAACAGAGUAGGAAAUAGUUUAUCCUGUCUAAAUUUUUUUUCAGUGGCCCUGCACCGAUCGUUACCAUUCUCCCUUGGGCUCGUGCCUUUUACAGCACUCAAAUCCCCGCCAAAUACCAAUCAUCGUUCACAUAUUUCCUCUCUCUGGUCGUGUUCGUCCCCUUUGUAGCUCUCCGCAACCUUUACGUCGUUCUCCGGGAUCUCCUGCAGCCCGGAUACAGAGCCAGCAGAGAUGCAUUCAUCGGCCUCCCGGCUCUUGAUCUCCCCAAAAAUCAGAUGUUUUUAUAUUCGACGGCCGACCUCAUGUGCUAUCACACAUACAUCAGAAAAUUCCAUGACAAUCAAGCAUCAAAGGGAACGGACGUGGAGUACAAAAUGUGGACAGACACUUCCCAUGUUGCCCAUCAUAUUGGUCAUCAAGAGGAAUACGAAAAAUUGUGUCAAAAGUUUUUGAACAAGUGUCUGAGAAAAUAA